AUGCGCUCUGAUGCCCUCGACACAUCACUUUGCUACAGCUUCUGCACCAGCAAAGGGCUGGAUCUCUCUGGCAUUGUGGGCGGCAAGGAGUGCCGCUGUGGAGCCUCCCGACUUAACCGGGCUAUUUGGAUGGGCAAGGAGGCCCGCCCUGGUCUCUUACUGCCGAGCGAGGCCAUGUCGGAAUGCAGGACACAUUCGGGGACGGAUUGCCCAAUCCGCAUCUAUCGCUUCCGCGGCCCGUUCCUGAGUUUUGGCGUGCCACCGGCUCGCUUGCAACUCAGCGCCCGGGAUAUCAACUAUGUGGACUCUAUCGUGACUGGGCACAUUGACCCCGACGUGGAGGGCAGGCCCGAUCUAGAGCCAAAGACAUCCUCGGCGACGGCACCUUCCUUGCUGACAUCGGAAGAGGCAGAAGGGGCCUGUCCCUAUUGUCCCAGCUUUGUUCGGCAUUGUGACGGCUUGGGGAGCUGCUGGAUGGGGCGGAAUUGGAGGGAUCGCCGGCCAGCCGCGACUGGCGAAUGGGCGGAGGAGGUGGUCGUACCGUAUUUUUUCGAUUCAGACGUAGACCAGACGCGCAAGGAAGCUUUUCGGGCAGCCACCAGGGUAUAUCAGACAGUGACCUGCAUCAGGUUUGUGGAAGUCGAGUCCAACCACACGGCUGCAGCUCUGCUUCGAGUCGGAAUCUUGGUGGGAGUCUAUAGCUCCUCGAGUUGCUGGUCGCAUCUCGGAGCACACGCGGAGACGCGAUUCAACCUCGGCUCAUGUAUGAACAUGAACCAUGUGGGCGAGAUCCUUCACAACCUUGGCCACACCCUUGGCAUGCUGGACGAGCAGCAGAGACCCGACGCAACAGGGAACUACCAUGGACAUGGACCGUACUUGCGGGUGUUUUGGCAGAAUGUCCCAUACCCUUGGCGUCCUGUGCUCACUCCACGGGAGGCGGCUUAUACCGGUUCCGCUUAUGACGGGGAAGGGGAUGCUUUCUGGGGCUAUGCGCCUUAUGACUUUGAUAGCAUCAUGCACCUCCCCCCGAAUCUGCAUGGCAGCCCCAUCUAUGAGACAAUUCCCGCAAGCAAGAUUGGAGCGGUCGGCCAACGCAGCCAGCUCUCACAUGCGGACGUCCUCCAGCUGCUGGAUUCUUACAGGUGCAGGCAGGCGUCGACCACCACUACCACAACCACACAGACGACCGUAGCGAGUUCCACGACGACCACGCCAAGGGCAGUGCAAGGAUGCACCCAAAAUCGAGAUUGUGCAGUGAAUCCGUGGUGCAACGAUCCGAACUACCAAGAGUGGUGCCCCCAGCAGCACUCGGUUUGCCCUGCACCUUACUGCGUGAACGAUGAUGGGAGAUGA